AUGGACAACUCCCAGAGACGACUUAGCGGCAUCCCUCGCCCUUCCCGACUCCCUCGUCCCGUCUCCGGCAUCGUCCAGCCGGCUCCGGCUCCGGCUCCGGCUUCCAGCUCCACGUCGUCGCUUCGCCCAAGGCCCUCCCGAGACAGCCUAGCAGGAGAUACAUCGAGUGGCACGGAGAUCCAGAACCCAAAGCUGCGAGGUUCUGCUUCUCGUGGCCAAUUACGCCCCUCUGCCAGUACAAGCAGCGGGCGUGCGCCGGCCUUGCGCAACUCUACGUCCAGUAACCAACUUCGCUCUAGUUCUUCCCGCGCUCCCGCUCCCAAACCCGCUGCCCCAGUGUCGAAGCCCGUACGAGCCGUAUCGUCGUCAUCGCGAAGAUGGAGCACAGUCACCAACGCCCCGGCAGCGCAGUACAAGCCCUGGGCAGAACCAGCAGAAUCCGAUAGGGGCUUGUUUGACACGGAGGCAGGCUCUACAGAGGCGUCCAAUGAUAUCCUCAUCUCAUACUUGAAUGAUUCUGCCGGCGUACCAGAUCAAGUUGACAAUAACGCAUCUCCGCUCUCCUCUCCGGGGUGGAGCAUGCCUCAGAUCAACACACCGAAACCUUCACUAUCCGAGCGCACUAUUGAGACUUUGUCGCAGCUGCCCUCGUCUCCUGCUCUGAGCAAGAAAUCUUCGUCAUUCUUUGAUUCGGGACGACCUUUAUCACGAGCCGAAAGCUCAGCCUCAAGGCCAAGCUCCAGCUACACUUCUGACGGGUCCGCAAGACAUCCGUCUCGCCCAGGCUCAAGUGCGGCUGACGACUCGGCCUUCUCGAAUCCCAGAAUGUCAUCAGCCAAUCUAUUCAAGAGAAAUUCAAUCGUUCAUAAUGAUAGAGCCCCAGGCGCCGUCUCUAGCAGUACACGAGGACUACGUCCUGCUAGCCGUGCUUCCGGGGCGGCCUCAAAGCCAUCUGCUUCCAUGCCGGAUGUCAGAAGCCCAAGUCCAAACACGAUGCGCAAAGCACCAGCCAAGCCGGCCCAGAAGCCGGUCCAGAAGCCGGCAGCAAAGACUUUGAAGCAAAGGGCAUCAGUUCAGGGUCUUGGCAAGAAGCCAUCGAUGCAAGCCCUAGAUGCCAGCGACAAUGCGCGAGUUCCCAUCUCCUCCUGGGACGGCACUAUCGCGCCAGCCGCUACGGCGGUGAAAGAGGAUGCUAAGCCGGAACAGCCAGCUCAAAAGUCCUCAUCGGCGCUUCGGGAUCAGAUCGCCAAGGCAAAAGCUGCCAAGAAGGCGGCUAUGAAGCAGGCUCCGGCACAGACGGCCAGUGCAACAUCUACGACUGAUGAUUUCGCAGCGAUUCCGGCAAAGAACGGGUUCGAUUACAAUGCAGCAUUUGAUGACCCAUUCAACAUGAAUAAGGGACAGGAUGCUGGCGAAAAAGUGCUGAAGCAACGUAUCGGAGCAGCAAGAACUAGUGGCAAACUGAACAUCGCCGCGUUAGGACUAAAAGAGAUUCCCAGCGAGGUCGUGAAAAUGUAUGAUCUGGAGACCAUCGGAGCCGGUGAAAGCUGGGCAGAAAGUGUCGAGUUGACCAGGCUGGUUGGUGCGGAUAAUGAGAUAGAAACGCUGGACGACGCCAUGUUCCCUGACCGCAGCCCCGAAGAGCUCGAAAACGACGAAGAGGGCCGUGGCAACAUUUUCGGAGGACUCGAGACUCUCGACAUGCAUGGCAAUCGGCUGCUAGCCAUUCCCAUGGGGUUCCGCCGCUUCACCCAGUUGACCACUCUCAAUCUGUCGUCUAAUCGCCUAGAAAAUGGAUGCCUUGAAAUCAUCGCCCAGAUGACGGCGAUCCGCGAUCUCAAAUUGGCAAACAACCUCCUGGUUGGCGCGUUGGACUCGGGCCUCGCGGAUCUGAGCGCCCUGGAGGUUCUCGAUAUACACAAAAACCAAGUCUCUGCCCUACCGCCCAACGUUGAGGGCCUUUCUCGGCUGCGCGUCCUCAACCUGAGCGAGAAUAACUUUGAAUCGCUUCCCUUCGAGGGGCUCUCAAAGCUCCCGCUCGCCGAGCUCGAUUUGAAGAAGAACAAGCUUUUGGGCACCCUGAUCGAUGGAUCGAUUGGUUCUCUACCAAUGCUUCAAUCUCUCGAUAUCUCGGUGAACAGACUGACGCGUCUCGUGCCCGCCGAUGCUUCAAUCAGACUUCCCGUUGUCCACACCCUCACCCUCUCAAUGAAUCGACUGCAGGAGCUCCCAGACAUGACUUCGUGGACAAGUCUUGUAAACCUUGCGGCAGAUGCGAACAACAUCUCCAGCAUCCCCCUGAGCUUUACCAGCCUCGAAAAGGUGCGACAGGCCGACUUUUCCAGCAACGACAUUCGGGUAGUCCCACCUGAGAUUUCUCGGAUGGACAGCCUGACUCUGCUUCGGCUUAGCGGUAACCCGCUGCGUGACAAGAAGUUUGCUUCGGCCCCGACAGAUGAGAUCAAGGAAGCGCUGUCGACAAGGCUGGAGCCUCCUCCCCCAUACGAGGAGCCAGUCGUUCAGGCACCCAUCCCCACCAUAAUCAGUCCACCGGAAACGGAGAAGAAGCAACAGCCGGACAAGUUGUCGGCUAUCCACCCCGAGGACACGGACAGCAGAUCAGAAGGCGAUGAUGAUUUUGCCACGCCUCCGACAUCUGCACCCCAUUCGCCUACCAGGUCCCGCGCUCAGACAGUAGAAGUACAAGAAACCUGGCAGGUCAAGCCGGGAGGACUCCUGGACCGGUCACGCACCGAAUCGUCUUCCCUGAGCCCGGAAAUGUGCGCCGAACUGUCGAGGAGCUAUCAGAUAAGACAGGCGCAGCUUCAUCACAAUCUCCUGAGCGCGUUCCCCGGAUCUUUACAGUUCUUCUCGCAAACCCUGACGUCUCUAUCACUGGGCCACAACAAAAUCUCGGGAGAGGACUACCUAACAGAAGAGCUGAGUUUGCCAGUUCUGACGGAAUUGAACUUGAGCUCGAAUACCAUCAGCAGCCUAGGUCCGUUGACAAAAUUCCUUAAAGCACCCGCACUGGAAAAGAUUGACGUUUCGCUCAAUCGCCUAACCGCGCUCCCGCUCGAUCUGAAGCAGAGCUUCCCCAGCUUAAAGGUACUGCUUGCGUCAAACAACCAACUAACCGAGCUUGAUCCAGCUGCCAUCAAGGGCCUCAAAGUGGUUGAUGUGUCGAGCAAUGAGAUUGCGCAUCUGGAUCCUCGGCUCGGCCUCUUGGGCGGAAAGGACGGGCUCGAGCGGCUCGAGGUGGCAGGAAACCGAUUCAAGGUUCCCAAGUGGAACAUCCUGGAGAAGGGAACCGCGGCCACGAUGAGGUGGCUCCGAGGCCGAGUUCCCGCUGCCGAGAUGGAAGCGUGGAGAGCUGAGAACGGGGACGACGACUCGUCUGACGUGGACUAA